ACAAGCCAUCCUGUAUUAUUAUACCUUAUUAAUACAAAAAUUAAUAGGAGAGAGGGCUUAAACUUGGAAAGCCAUAUGGAUCAUGACAUGCCAGGAAUGGGAGGAAUGUCACCACCAUCACCACCACAAGAUCACAUGAUGAUGGGCAUGGGGUUGACACACAUGACCUUUUUCUGGAGUAAAAAUGCUGAAAUUCUUUUCUCAGGCUGGCCAGGAACGCGAACGGGCAUGUACGUCCUCGCUUUGAUCAUUGUAUUUGUGAUCUCCUUGUUUGUGGAAUGGCUCUCUAACUCCAAUUACUUUAAAGACAAUAUGUCAAAUUAUAAUGGCCUUGUUAAGACAUUUGUGCAUGGUCUAAAAAUAGCCCUUGCUUAUCUUCUUAUGCUUGCUGUUAUGUCUUUUAAUGUUGGUGUUUUUAUAGUUGUCGUGGCUGGACAUACUUUUGGUUAUUUCCUAUUUGGUAGGCGUAAUAAUUCUGAGAAUAAUGCAUGCCAAGCUUGAACCGUUGAUGCAGUAGAAGCUCUUAAUGAAAUAUCUGAUGGUGAAGACAUCGGAGUUGUUGGUCAAUUGUGCGUAAUUCUUAAUAUAUAUGUCAGUUUAUUAUUUUCUAAAUUUCCAUUUUCCAACUUUAAUUUCCAGAGGUGAGAUGUAUUUGGUUGUGAUACUGUAAAUUAAUGGGAUUUAUGUUAU